UUUCUACGGGCACAAUGAUCCGAAAUAAUUAAUCAGAAGUCGUCAGAACAUUCAUGUUAUCAUCGAAAACGUAAAUUAGUCAUCUAUCAGAUGAGGAUGCUUAAAGUUGAAUGAUCGUAAAUUGUCACGUGCGACUGAUAGUUGUGCUUCCAUCCGUUCUAUCGACGAUAGGCCGUUCCAGUUGUGUCGAAAACGGUUCAAUUGACUGGAUACUUAGCAAGUCUACCGAUUUGCACGUGGUUAAGGGAAUCGUAGUGUAAUCGCGCUCUUUAACUUUUUCUGCAAGUACGUGCAGCGGAGGCAAGCAAGUCCAUUAAGGAUGGAGUUUGAAGAGAAUGGGAUCGGAGAAGAGUGCGGCGUCUUCGGAUGUGUUGCAGCAGGAGAGUGGCCAACACAGCUGGAAGUUGCCCAGGUCUUAACUUUGGGACUUACGGCGUUGCAACACAGGGGCCAGGAAAGUGCUGGAAUUGUCACAAGCAAUGGAGCCAGCCCACCAACAUAUACAACUCACAAGGGGAUGGGAUUAGUGAGCACUGCUUUCCCUGCUGAAGCACUUCAGAAGCUCAGAAAUGGCAACCUUGGGAUUGGCCACACCCGCUACUCCACCUCAGGGAACUCGGAACUGCAGAACUGCCAGCCCUUUGUAGUUGAUACCUUGCAUGGAGAGAUCGCAGUGGCCCACAACGGAGAGCUGAUCAACGCUGCUGCCCUGCGCAAAAAAGUGAUGCGCCAUGGCGUUGGUCUGUCGACCAGCUCUGAUAGUGAGCUCAUCACCCAGCUGCUCGCCCUCACCCCACCUAUGGAAGAGGUGGAUGCACCUGACUGGGUUGCCAGAAUCAAAAAUCUGAUGACCGAGACGCCCACAUCCUAUUCCCUGUUGGUAAUGUUCAGAGAUGUCGUCUAUGCCAUCCGGGACCCUUAUGGGAACCGGCCCCUCUGCAUUGGGCGCAUCGUUCCUAUCUCCAAACUGCAAAGUUCAGGUGGCGGCGAGGGGGAUACCGAGGGCUGGGUAGUGUCCUCUGAGUCAUGCAGCUUCCAGUCCAUUGGUGCCAGGUACUACAGGGAAGUCCAGCCGGGUGAGAUAGUCCAGAUCUCCAAACACGGAGUCAAAACCCUGAGUAUUGUUCCUCGCCCAGAGGGAGACGUCCCGGCGUUCUGCAUCUUCGAAUAUGUUUACUUUGCCAGACCUGACUCCAUAUUUGAAGGACAGAUGGUUUACACUGUCAGGCAGCGAUGUGGACGCCAGUUGGCCAUCGAGGCCCCUACUGAUGCAGAUUUGGUCAGCACCGUGCCAGAGUCUGCAACCCCAGCAGCACUGGGAUAUGCUCAGCAGCUUGGGCUGCCAUAUGUGGAGGUCCUGUGUAAGAAUCGCUACGUUGGCCGGACCUUCAUUCAGCCCAACACCCGCCUCAGGCAACUGGGAGUUGCGAAGAAGUUUGGAGCCUUGACAGACAACUUUGCUGGGAAACGAAUUGUUCUCAUUGAUGAUUCCAUCGUCAGGGGCAACACCAUCUCCCCUAUAAUUAAACUGCUAAAGGAGGCCGGGGCUAAAGAGGUCCAUAUCCGGGUUGCCUCUCCACCCAUCAGGCAUCCUUGUUACAUGGGCAUCAACAUUCCAACCAGAGAAGAGCUUAUUGCCAACAGGCCAGAGUUUCAGGACAUUGCUGGGUACAUCGGAGCGGAUAGCGUUAAGUAUCUCACUGUGGAAGGCCUGCUGUCUGCCGUUCAGGGAGGCCUCGCCUCCUUGCAUGAGAAGGACGAGAUGAUCAGCUCCAACAACAAACUCUCUAGGAGAGUCGGCCACUGCACCGCCUGCCUUACUGGGAAAUACCCAGUUGAGCUCGAGUGGUGACCACAUGGCAGAAAGAAGCACUGAUCUUCCCUCAGGAAGUCUGCUUUUUAUAUGAAACCUGCUACCUGGACAUCCCAUUAAUGUAUGGGGAAAUUCUGUACAACUUGACAUAACAAAAUUGAAUUAAAAACCCAACCACUUCAUAA